CGAUCCAACACGGUCAAGACAUAUCACGACGCGGUACACAUUAUGGACUCCUCCCAGCCCGGAGCCGAGCCUGGAAUCGACACCCACGCGGAAGCCGACAAGGUCCCACCACAUCUUGCAGCUUUGAAGGAAGCCUGCGACAUCAACAUCAUCGACUUCUCCGACAAGGACGUCCGCCGCGUGCAGGCUGACAAUGAGAGUCUUGCCAGUUUCUUGGAUAUGCCGCGGACUGAGGAUCUGCCGUGCCGGUGGAUUUCGGUCAAUGGACUGAGUUACGAUGUUAUUCGUGUUCUUGGAAAUAAGUACGAUCUUCACGGGCUGGCCCUAGAGGAUCUCGUCCACACGCAUACCCGGACCAAAGUCGACUGGUAUGCCGACCAUGCAUUCAUCGUCCUCACCUUGCAGAAGCUGGUCCGACUGCAUCAGCACGAAGGCAGUGGUGAGAAUUGCGACUGUAAUGACAGUCUGACGGAGGAAGACGAGGAAGACAUUGACGCCAAAUUCGAGGAGCGCAGCCGGCACAGCAGAAAGUGGUGGAGAUGGACGAAGAAGAAAGAACCCGACACGCUACCUCGAUACCUCGACCGCAACAGAGACGGCAAGCUCGAUGAAUUCGUCACAGCUCACAACGGCAUCUCCGAUAAGUCACCAUUGAAAGCCAUCCGAACCCUGCAACGUUACGAGAGUGCUCAAAUUCCCGAGCAUACAGCGUGGAUGGAGAAGCAAAGUGCUUUGACUGAGGAGAAGCUAGCAGUGAGUGUCGAGCAGGUCUCAAUCUUCUUGCUAUCCGACAACAUGGUCAUAUCAUUUUUCGAACGAUCGGCGAGCGACGUCGAAGAACCCAUUCUGGAGCGUCUCGACAGUCCCGCGACCAUGCUCCGGCGGAGCUGUGAUGCUUCCCUAGUUGUACAGGCUAUCAUUGAUGCGAUUGUGGAUUUGGGCGUUCCGAUCAAGGACGCAUACAACAUGUGUCGGAAAGAGCUCCAAAUCGACGCCAUGACCAACCCCAACACCAGAACCUCUCGCUCGCUGCACAUCUUUGGAGAAGAAGUCGACAUGCUGCAGAACCUUUUUAAGCCGAUCGUCCACCUAGUCAACUCUCUCCGCGAUCACAACUCCGAACCAUCACCCAUCCCAGCUCCCGUCUGGACCCCGUCCUUCGAACGAGAGCCACCAAAGCAAGAAUCCACGACCAAGCCAUCCAAGCGAGACCGCCAGGGCGCACGCGCCGACACCGCGACCAGCGUGACCAUCACUCCUCUCGCACACACCUACUUCGGCGACGUCCUAGACCACUGCAUCACCAUGAUCUCCGCGCUCGAGCAAAUGGACGCGAGCGCCAACAACAUCUCUACCCUCAUCUUCAACACCGUCGGCGCCCGCACCAACAACUUCAUGAUGAUCCUCGCCGUCGUCACCGUCUUCUUCGCGCCACUGACCUUUAUCUCGGGUUACUUUGGCAUGAACUUCAGCAGCGGCGCAGGGCUCGCGCAUCCUUUUGCGUUCUUCUGGGUGGUGGCGAUUCCCAGCUUGAUCGCC